GUUCAUUUGUUAAUCUUAUCCCGAAACGAGUGGCUGACACUGGAAUGACCAAAAUCAAAGAUGAACGAAGAAAGCGGUCUGCAUCUCAUGCACUCGCUCGCAUUAGAUCACCAGAUGAAUCGAUGAAUCACGAAGCAGAGACUACGGAUCCUGUCAGUAUGUUGAUGAAUGCGGCGCGAACAGCAAACGAUGAUGUCAUAAUGACAUAUUACUUGAAACAGUUAGAUCUUACAUGCGUCGACGAGGACGGAAAUUCUGCAUUGCAUAUUGCUGCAAUGAAUGGUCAUGUGUUCAUAUGCCGCAUGCUCGUAGUACUCACAUCACCGUUACGACUGUGGGAAAAAAAGAACAAAGCAGGGCUAACUGCGGAAGAUCUUACCACAGAGCCACAGGUCAAGCAGGAUUUGCAGUUGCUGCGAAAAGGAAAGUCAAGAGACGAAGAUGAAUUUACUCGCUGGAACGACUUGUUAGUUGAAAAAGUGGAAUGGGAAGAAAACGGAAAAGUAUUAUUAGCUUUAGAUGGAGGAGGUGUCAAGUCUCUUGUAGUCACACAUUUACUUAUGUGUUUGGAGGAUGAAAUGGGUGUUUCCCUACUAAACUGUGUUGACUGGAUUGCUGGCACAAGCUCUGGAGGGAUAGUCGCGCUCAUGCUUUGUAACGAGAUGCCUUUGAAAAACGCAAAACGCUUUUUUCUUGACUGGAGAUUUCGAGUCUUUUGCGGAAAUAAAGUGAAGGUUCCAAAGCAUAAUGCCAAGGGAGUGGAAGAUGCAGCAAAGUUUUUGUUUGGAAACAAACACAUGGGAAAUUUUCGGAAAGACGGGCCCAAAGUGCUCGUAACCGUGGCAGAUACAAGGCGAUCUCCUGCGAAUCUUGUUUUAUUUCGAUCUUUUACGCCUCAGAUACCAGAAGCCUUGAGAGAACGUUUGGACUAUCUUGACCCAGAAAAAAUCUUGGUUUGGAAGGCAGCUCGAUGCACAUGUGCUGCUCCAUUCUACUUCGACUCCUAUAACGGACUUUCCGAUGGAGGCCUUAUUGCAAAUAAUCCAACACAGGCACUUAUUGCUGAUUUUCUACAAACAACUCGCCUUGAAAAGGGCUAUGCACCAGUGAAAAAAGAUGGAGACCCGUAUAUUGCUUGCGUGAUUUCAGUCGGCACGGGAUCGACUCCAGUUGAAAAUACCAACGGUGUAGAUAUGAAUUUGAAUAAUAUCAUUGCGAAAAAGAAGAAUCCUUUACAUAUAGCGCGCGGUUUUAUGACUGUUGUGAAUAAUGCCAAAAAUAUGUUCCAGAUAUUAAUUAGCGAGUGCACAUCGUCUAGCGGACAGCCCGUGAGAUAUUCUCGUGAAUGGUGUCACUCCCUUAAUGCGCCCUUUUUUCGACUUUCUCCUGCCUUACAGAAACCUGUGCAACUCGAUACAACUGAUUUGGAUGCUCUUAUUGAGAUGCUUUGGGAAACAGAGUGCUACAUUCGAGGUCAAGGAAAAUAUGAAUUGCAGCAGCUUGCGAAACUCUUAACGAAUAAAUUUACGGAUCAAAUAUCAACAAACGCUUCUGAUUCAAUCCAACGAUUUUGAUAAAGAUUAAAAUGUUUUGCA